AUGACAAAGGUUUUACCUGUAGACUGCAUUUCAAAUAUUAUUUCCUUAACAUCUCCAAAGGAUGCAUGCAGAACUUGUUCUGUUGCUUCCGUUUUCAGAACAGCCGAAGAUUCAGAUACUGUGUGGGAAAGGUUUCUGCCUGGACAUUAUGAGGACAUGAUAGCUCGAUCCUCAUCCCAAUCCUUUUUCACUAGUUCUCUGACCAAGAAACAAAUUUUCUUUCAUCUUUGCGAUCAUCCAGUUCUUUUGAAUGAUGGUAAAAUGUGUCUUGGCUUAGAAAAAGACAGUGGUAAAAAAUGUUGCAUGCUUAGUGCAAAGGGUCUCACAAUUGUGUGGGCAGACAGAAAAUCUUACUGGCAGUGGAUUUCUUUACCAGAAUCUAGAUUUACCGAGGUGGCAAAGCUCAACCACGUGUGGUGGCUUGACAUAAAAGCAAGAGUAAAGGUUAAUGAUCUCUUGUCUCCAGGAACAAUAUAUUCUGCAUUCUUCGUCUACAAGUUAGAAGAGGAACAUUCUAUGGCAGAUAGAUAUGUAGAACUGAGUGUGAACAACGAAGAAAGUGUUAGUGGAUCUCACAGAAGAGUGAUCUUAGACCCUUCUUCGAAGCAUUCAAUAAUGAAAAAGAAACAAAGAGCAUCAGCACGCAAGAGAGAAGAUGGGUGGAUGGAGGUUGAAAUGGGAGAGUUCUUCAUCAGCGGACAUUACGGAUGUGAAGGCUUCACAGAGUUCAGGCUAUGGGAGACUAAUGGGUAUAUCAAAGACGGCCUUAUUGUUGAGGGAAUUGAGUUCAGGCCAAAAUGUUGUGUAUAGAUAUACAGGAAAAAGGAA